CACCAUGGGGACCGCGGCUGCCCCGCGGCGCUUCUGCCGCUGUGCAUGUUUCUGCUCCGAGAACUUGUACUUGGCGCGCUACGGGCUGCACGUGCGCUUCCGGAGCGAGCAGCAGCUGCGCCAGGACUACGGCCCGAUCCUGCGCAGUCGAGGCUGUGUUAGCCCCAAGGACUUCCAGCAGCUGUUGGGAGAGCUUGAGCAGGAGGUAGAGCGGCGGCGGCGGCUGGGGCAGGAGUCGGCUGCCAGGAGAGCCCUCAUCGCGAGCUCCUACCAUCCGGUGCGGCCCGACGUCUACAACUCGCUGAAGGAUGUGGCUUUGGCCCCCGAGUUUCUGGCCGCAGCUGAAUACAGUGCAUCACCAGGCGCAGACCUUGAGGGCCUUCUCCAGCGGCUGGAGACAGUGUCAGAGGAGAAGCGUAUUUACCGGCUGCCGGUGUUCACGGCGUGGUUCUGCCAGGCCCUGCUGGAGGAGCUGGAGCACUUCGAGCAGUCGGACAUGCCCAAGGGAAGACCCAACACCAUGAACAAUUACGGGGUGCUGCUCCACGAGCUGGGCCUGGAUGAACCACUGGUGACGCCGCUGCGGGAGCGCUUCCUGCAGCCGCUGAUGGCCCUGCUGUACCCGGACUGUGGCGGGGGCUGGCUGGACAGCCACCGCGCCUUUGUGGUCAAAUACGCUCCAGGCCAGGACCGCGAGCUGGGCUGCCACUACGAUAACGCCGAGCUCACCCUCAACGUGGCCCUGGGCAAGGCCUUCACAGGGGGCACCCUAUACUUCGGGGACCUCUUCCAGGCACCGUCAACCCUGGCCAAGCCCCUGGAGGUGGAGCACGUGGUGGCCCAGGGCAUCCUGCACCGAGGGGGCCAGCUGCACGGGGCCCGGCCCCUGGGCGCUGGUGAGCGCUGGAACCUGGUCGUCUGGCUCCGGGCCUCUGCUGUGCGCAACCACCUCUGCCCCAUGUGCUGCCGCAAGCCCGACCUGGUGGACGACGAGGGCUUCGGAGACGGCUUCACCCGCGAGGAGCCCCCCACCGUGGAUGUGUGUGCGCUGACUUGAACCUGGCUGGGGCCAGUGUUGGGGGGUGACAGAAAUAAACACCCUGCAGCCCUCAGCACUUCUUGGUUCAAAAGGACACAGGCUACUGGGUCAUUCUUUCAGCAGACAGGCUGGCUCUGGCUUGUUAGAACCAGAGCCUGAGAUGGGGAUUCCUGUGCAGGUGGUUUAAGGAGGGAGUACUCUCAGGAGAAGUGGAAGCAGGACAGGGCAGGAAGGAGCUGGGCCAAGAUGUCGUUUCCAAUGGCAUCCAGUUCCAGCCUGAUCCCAUGGGGCUCUCUGCAGCGUGAAUCGUACCAGUUUGCCCCCAACAUCAGUUAUUGCCUAUAGAAUGUUUCCAGGUAGGGAGGGGGUGAGUAACUUCCAUCUCCAGGGCAAGGUGGUUCCCAGUGACCAAGGGAAUCGUCCAGAGAAGAGUCAAGGUGUGACUUGUCAGCAGCAUGGCUGUGGGAGAGUGCACCUGUCUACAAAGAGAAUUUGGGUUGUACAUCAACAGCAUCUUCCAGACAGUGCUGAGUUUUGGUUUGCUGAGCGUUGGUUUACUGCAGAGGGGUUAAAAGCAGGAACUCUGGAACCGGACUGCCUGGGAUCGAAUUCUGAUUUGGACACUUCCAGCUGUGACUGUGGGUAAAUCUCUGUGUCUUGCUUUCCUCAUCUGGGAAGUAUCUAUGUCCUACAGCCGUUGUGAGAAUCAAAUGACUUACUGUUUAUAAAGUGAUUUAUAACAGUC